CUGUGCUGCUCAUCCAUUUUAAAGUUAAUUAUUAGCAUGAACUACUAAACGAAUUCAUUCACUGCCAUUGACAGCUAUAGAAGUAAAAUAUCCAAUGUAACUGGGAUGACUGGCAGUGAAAGAACUUUAGUAAAAAUGACUUUAAAAGAAACAUAGAAUGUGCACGUACAUUGAAUUAUCACCCUAAUUUACAUCAAAUAUAUUUUAUAAAUCGUAAUUUGUGUACUUUAGACUGCAAAGUCUUCCAUCGGCGUCAGUUGUGUGGAAACAACCAAUCAGGAGCGCCCCUUGUCUCACCGGAAGCUGUGUUGUUUACAUUUCCCAAGAUGGCGGCGGGGAUGUAUUUGGAGCAUUAUUUGGACAGCAUAGAGAACUUGCCCUUCGAGUUGCAAAGAAACUUCAAUUUGAUGAGGGACUUAGAUCAACGCACAGAAGAUCUCAAAGGACAGAUAGACUCCCUUGCAAAAGAAUACACAUCAAAUGCUCGGACCCUUACUUCUGAGCAAAAGCUGUCCAUACUGAGGCAAAUUCAGCAGUCGUACAGCAAAUGCAAAGAGUUUGGCGAUGACAAGGUGCAGCUGGCCAUGCAGACCUAUGAGAUGGUUGACAAGCACAUAAGACGCCUGGACACAGACCUGGCCCGCUUUGAAGCCGACUUGAAGGAAAAACAGAUCGAGAGCACGGAUUAUGAUUCCACCUCCAGUAAAGGAAAGAAAGUGGACACCAGACAAAAGGAAAAGAAGUCUGCUAAAACGAGAUCUAAAGUGAAGAGCUCUGACGAAGACGGCAGUCCCAAAAGUGCCCAAAAGAAAGUCAAACUCCUUCAAACGGGUGAAUUCAACAGCCCCUCCACCAACUUUGGGAAUGUGCACCCAUCCGAUGUGCUGGACAUGCCAGUGGACCCAAACGAGCCCACCUACUGUCUGUGUCAUCAGGUGUCCUAUGGCGAAAUGAUCGGCUGUGACAACACUGAUUGCUCCAUUGAGUGGUUCCAUUUUGCAUGUGUGGGUCUGACUACCAAACCACGAGGCAAAUGGUAUUGUCCACGCUGCUCUCAAGACAGAAAAAGAAAAUAAAACUGUUGUCCCGGAACAAACACUGAUCCGAUGGGGGGGACAAAAACAUUUCUUCAUGAAUUAUUAGAUUUUCUUUGUUGUUUUUCAUCUUCAUUAACGUGGUGCUUUUUUUUUUUCUUUUGCUUUUUUUGUAUUUGCCUUGGUCUGAUGCAGAGUGUAUGAUGAUGAUAUGAAGUGGUUCCAGGUGUAUUUAAAAGCUGUUUUUUUUCUUAAAUACAUUGGUGCUCAUAUUACAUUUAAAAAAAAAAAAAAAAAAAAAGUUUUGUUUGAACAAUAAACACUACGACUACCCUGAAUUAUUUACCGGUUUAAAUGUGCAUGAUACUACAACUAUCCACAUGCAAAAUGUAAGGUAUUUCCUCUAAAUAGAAUGUGGCCAUUUAUAAUUGUUUGCUUUGUUGUAUAGUUCCUUUUCUUUUUAAUGCCAUGGAGAACAAAUCUCACUCUUGUUUUACAGUUAAGAGGACAAAAACAGUACCUUUACAGAUGCUGCAUCCUGAAAGUAUUAGUCAUCUGUUUGGUAGUAACAAUUUCAUUUUAGCAUUUUGAUUGAGUGCUAUAUAGAGUGCAAAGCAUUUUGUGAAAAGUACUGUCAUUGAUGUAGCUGGAACAUUGGUACG